AUGGCAGAGAGUCUCGCCACUCACGAUAUUACCAACAACACACCAAACGAUGAGACGGUGGAGAGCAAUGUCCCGCCUCUUGUAGAAGAGCAGGCUAUCGAGAGAAAACCCUCGGCUCAGACAAUUGAAGCAGAGCCAUUGGCCGAGAGGGAAACCUUGUCGUGGUGGUUCCCGCAGAUCAACGACGACGAGCAGAAAAGCUGGCGCAUAUGGCUGUCAAGGCGGAGCCGUGCGCUCGUGCUGCAGAUUGCCAUCGUUGUUGUGAUAUUACUUGUCAACAUCAUCUUAACCUUGGUUGCCGUGUCGACAUACGGAAGUCAGAAUGGCGUGGGACUCAUUUACAGCGGCGACUGUGAUACCGUCACCCGACUCGAUCGGUGGAUCCAUCUCCUGAUCAACCUGCUGAGCACGGGACUGUUGUCCGCCUCGAAUUACUGCAUGCAGCUCCAGGCUGCGCCCACACGCGGAGACGUCGAUAGUGCACAUGAACAAAACACCUGGCUGGACAUCGGGGUGCCAAGUUUGAGAAAUCUUCGAUACAUCGGCGGAUGGAGGAAGUUCACAUGGGUACUGCUGGCCUUUAGUUCUGUUCCCCUCCAUCUUCUGUAUAACUCAGCAGUAUUCCAGUCCUUGGCAUCAAAUGACUACACCAUUGCCGUCGUGAAGGAUUCAUUCCUCAACGGCUCGUCUUUCAAUCUCACCACUGCUGAACGUAACAGAGAAGGAGACUACGGGUGGGACGAUGGCAGGGUCAACCCGCAGCAGAACUACAUGAACAUCGUGAAACAGAUGCAACAAGCAGCCAUGUCAGGGGCAUACGAACUGCUAAAUACCUCUGCAUGCUUCGAUUUGUAUGAUGAUUACUGGGCUCCCCAAAGCAACGGACUGGUUUUCGUCAAGAAUGAAAGCGUACAGGUCCCAGAGAGCGGGAGCCUGCUCAUGUAUGUCUCCGUUGUUCCUCGCUAUGACGACUGGGCCAAGAACAUGUGGGCUCUCGGAAACGGCACUGGAUCCUUCGUGGCCAACUCGCCCAGCACUCCUGUAACCACCUGGUACCUCGGACCGCCCCAUUACGAAGUAUCGCAUUGUCUUGUCCAGCCAAGAAGUGGCUCGGUAAGCCGUUGUCGCUUCGAAUACUCACCGCAGAUCAUGUUUACCAUUUGUAUACUGAAUCUGAUCAAAGCAAGCGUGAUGGUCUGUGUUUGGGUCAUGAGAAGAUGGCAGAACAGAGACCGACCCGGCCAGACUGUGGAGGAGAGACAGCAAGCCAUGAAGGAUCAAAUCUUGUAUACUCUCGGCGAUGCCAUCGCGUCCUUCAUGCGCAGGCCGGAUCCCACAACUGAAAAUAUGUGCCUUGCUCCUAAGGAGGAUUUCUUACAACACCGAACCUGGGCCAACAGAUUGAGAAAGCAAAAUCCGAUGCCUUCUCAGGAGGCCCGAACUUGGACAUACAAGGAGCGAAGAUGGAUGUCGUCCGCCAGUCUGAAGAGGUGGCUCAUCCUCCUGUUCAUCUGUGCCCUGAUUUUAGCAAUCACCAGCGGCCUACUAGGCAUAGCGGUGCACUCUCUCCGCCACCGCAGCAUAGACGUCACGAUGGCCAGUCUCUGGAAGCUGGGGUUCGGCGCGCUGACGCCGUUCACCUAUCUGGUGCUGGGCCUUCCACGAACAGAUCCUGCCGGCCUGAUUUCCAACGUGCUGCUCGCCAACCUGCCGCAGCUCCUCAUAUCCGUCAUCUACGUCUUCUACAACGCCAUGCUCAGCACCUUCAUGGUGCAGCGCGAGUUCAGCCUGAUGCACAAGCCCGGGAAGCGCAAGCCGCUCCGCGUGUCGGAGCCGACCGGCAUCCAGCGGUCGAGCUACUUCAUCAGCCUCCCGCUGCGCUACGGGAUCCCGCUCUAUGCGUCCUCGGGCAUGAUGCACUGGCUGAUUUCUCAGAGCCUGUUCUUGGCUCGUAUCACGGCUAUCGACCCCGAUGGUCGGUACGACAGCACUUACUCAUUCUCCACUUGCGGGUAUAGCCCCAUUGCUAUCUUUAUCACAAUUCUCGUAGGGGUGACUCUGGUUGUUGGCAUUGUUGCGAUUGGGGCGCGCAAGUACGACGGCACCAUGAGCAUGGUCUCGACGAAUAGCCGUGCCAUCAGCGCCGCAUGCCAUGUGCUCGAGGGAGACCGGGAACAUGGCUAUAUUUUACCGAUUCAAUGGGGAGUCGUGCACGCAAAGGGGGAUGUCGGACACUGCGCGUUCACGACUGCGCCAGACAGCAAACUUCAGAAACUCCAGCAGGGCAUGAAGUAUAAGUAG